AUGGAGCUAAAUUAUAAAAUUGACUAGCGGUUAUGACCCGAACUUCCGCCCUCUGUUUUCCCAACUACCAUUUCAUAAAGCUGUGUCCUCGACUCUUGUUCUCAGGUAAACUGAGGCAUCUUCAAUCUGAGUUUUCAUUCUAAAAGCUGAAAAUGGCAGAGGAAGUGAUGGCAAAAGGAGAAGAUGAGAGAAAAGUGAUGGUGGCCAUUGAUGAAAGCGAGUAUAGUCACUAUGCUCUCAUCUGGGUACUUGACAAUCUUAAAGAAUCUCUCCCAAGAUCACCCCUUUUUAUCUUCAUGGCCCAGCCCCCUCCCAGAAACUACCCUUUCGCUGCUUCCCUCGGCUCUGCUCGAAUGUACUGCUCUGUUUCUGCCGUGUCAGCUCCGGAUUUUCUCAACUCUGUCAAAGAGAAUAAUAAGAAGCUUGCAUUAGCUUUCCUGGAGAAAGCUAAGGAAAUUUGUGCCAGUCGAGGGGUGAAUGCAGAGAUACUCACAGAGGAAGGGGAUGCUAAAACAGCCAUAUGCAAUGUAGUUGAGAAGCUAAAUAUCGGCAUGCUUAUUUUAGGAGAUCAUGGCCUUGGAAAAAUCAAAAGGGCUUUACUGGGAAGCGUGAGCAGUUAUUGCGUUCGAUAUGCUAAGUGCCCUGUUCUUGUUGUGAAGAAACCAUAGCUGCUUCAAAUGUUUUUAGAUAUUAUUCUGAUGUAUAUUAAUAGGCUGUGCUAAUUAUGAAGAAUUUAUGGUGUCACAAAAAGAUUGUAUUUAAGCUUAGAACCCCCUCCCCUCUCUGGCUGUCUGUUUGGGUGAUGUGAUAAUUAUGUUGAUAAAACGUUAUGUUUCCAUGGAAAAUAUGAACCACUAUUAUUUUUGUCUC